AUGUCCAAAAGGAAAAGGAGCACCGAAGAUCUAGAAAAGUCGACAAGCCACGUCCCCGACAUUCGCAAACAGCGCCGUAUAUUAUAUGCUUUCUCCCAGGGCGCACAUCAGCUUGCGCAGGCGUUCAAGCUUGCGAAAGGCUUCGAGCGACAAAAGUUAGGUCGCCGGAGAAAAGAUGCAGAGGCGCAGAAGGACUAUCGGGGUAUGCGCAGGAUCGACGAGGAGGUCGCAGCAUUGAAGGCGAUCGACGCAAACGUCGCAGCGAAGCAGUACAUUGCGAAGAACUUGAUCAAGAUCAAAGCCGUGAUCACAAAUCCUGACCUGCCGCCCGACAUUGGCAAACCAGCUGCACCGUCCACAGAUCCUGCGGUCUUAAAUGUCACCGCAAGGCUAUGCAGUUCUACACCGGUCAGGAAUGCGCUCCCCACCGCCAUGAAAGAAGUCAAGAGUGAAUUAGGGAUAGGAACCGAUGAUCUACGACCGGGCAAGAAGAAGCGAUUACGAGCAAAGGACUAUCAGAAUGGAGACGCGGAGAAUUCGGCCGAAGGACAAGAGGACGAAGUAGACGCAGAUGCGGCGGCGAAGCUGAGAAAUGCUCUGGGGCUAGGUGCUCAGAGACCGGACAGUGAAAGCGGCGACUCUGACGACGACGGUGUCAUUUCCGACGAUGAAGAGGAUGGCUCUGGCCGGUAUCGCAGCCGACUGGCCUUCUCGGACGAGGACGAGGACGAUGACCAGGACGAGGAUGAGGAUGAGGAACUUGGGUCUGAUAUCGAGGCGAUAGAGCGACGGCUCGAGGCAGAAGGCAUUGGCAGAAAGAAACCACGAGAGGAGCGCAGAUACGACGCCGAGUCCGACCUCGAGCUGUCAGACGAUGAAUCUGAGGCAGACAUACCGGUGCCACGCAAGGUCGCGGCUCCCAACAAAUCGGCCUUCAUGCCCUCACUCACGCUCGGCGGCUACAUUUCCGGCAGUGGCUCUGACAUCGACGACGCGGCUGCGCUCGCACCACGGAAGAAUCGACGAGGGCAGCGUGCGCGUCAACAGAUAUGGGAGAAGAAAUUCGGCGUCACAGCGAAGCAUCUACAAAAGCCCGCAGGCAAUGCACGAUGGGACCCGAAGCGUGGAGCGACGGACAGGAAUGUCAGAGGCGGUCGGCAGCCCAUGGGCCGUGGCGGACCGGUCAGGAGACCUAAUGAACGGGGUUCUGGGGAUAGAACUGCACACGCAAAGGGCUCAAGUGAAACAAAGAAGCCCAAGCGGGAUGAUACUGGCCCAUUGCAUCCCAGUUGGGAGGCCGCCAAGAGGGCGAAAGAAAAGAAAAGCGUGCCUGUGGCCUUUCAGGGAAAGAAGAUCAGUUUUGAUUAG